UUCUGCCGAGCCUCUCCGCCAAAAUUUCCAUCCACUCUAUCAACCCCACCAAAUCUUGAAAUUCAGAAUGAAACAACCCCACCAUCGUCCAAUACCGCCGAUAUCUAGUGCCACCUCUAAGGCAUCAUCACGUUCAAUCAUAUGAGGAAUCACACAUGACAGCGAUCCCUUGAACAAAAUGGCCACUACAGAAGACGUCCAGAACCCGCCAGCUGCUCCUGACAGCACAGAGCCCUCAACCGCCGAGACGACGCCGUCUAAACCUAUACACGCCUUAAUUCUCGAUGCCGGCCCUCUCAUCAAGAACGAUCCUCCCGUGAGCACCUUGCUUGCCCAGGCAAACGAGCUCUACACCCUUCCAUCUGUCGUGUCUGAGAUCCGUGAUGCUGCGACCCGGUCGCGUGUCGAGACCACCCUCCUUCCCUUCCUGAAACUACGGUCGCCGAGACCCGCAAGUAUUAAAUUCGUCACUGACUUUGCCCGCCGCACCGGCGACCUUGAAGUCCUUAGCAAGCCUGAUAUCCACCUCAUGGCCCUAGCCUAUGAGCUGGAGUGUGAGCUAAAUGGCGGUGAUUGGCGGUUAAGGAACACUCCAGGUCAGAAGGGCGUAAAUGGGAAAUCUCCUGCACAGCUGGAAAAGGAAAAGGCAGAGGGACUGAAUAGGACAGAAGACUCUGAGGAGACAAUAUUAGAAGAGACGCCAAGCACAGGAGAUUCCGCAAAGACCGAUGGAACUGUAACAGAAGAGGCACCGGCGUCGGAGUCUACAGAUGCUGCCGCCCCAUCAACAGAACAAGCCGAGCCUACCGUGGCGCAAGAAACAAUUACUCAAACACUCGACUCGCUAAGCUUAGAACAGUCUGCGACACCUACAAUAGAUUUCGCUACAGAGAACACAACAACAGAUGAUGCCAGGAAACAAGAGGAAGAGGAUGAUGACGAAGGCUGGAUCACGCCGUCGAACCUCAAAAAACACCAAGCCAAAGACCAACUAGCAUCGCCCGAGCAGCCCGUCCAGCGGGUCCUAAAAGUCGCGCUCCUGACAUCCGACUACGCCAUGCAAAACGUGUUGCUACGGAUAAACCUCAACCUCGUGUCCUCAGGGUUGGCGCGGAUCACGCGCGUCAAGACAUGGGUACUCCGGUGCCACGGCUGCUUCCAAAUCACGCGGGACACAUCGAAGCAGUUCUGCCCUCGCUGCGGCCAAGCGACACUGACGCGCGUGAGCUGCUCCACAGACCAAGCGGGCAACUUCACCAUCUACCUCAAGAAGAACUUCCAGUGGAACAACCGGGGCAACGUAUACAGCGUGCCGAAGCCCGUGCACGGCUCGGCGAACGGGAAGGCGAGAGGGCCGGGAGGUGGCAAGAACGGCUGGGGUAGAGAGCUGAUUUUUGCUGAGGAUCAGAAGGAGUACGAGAGGAAGAGCACGGAACAGCGGAGGACCAAGCAGAGGGAUCUCAUGGACGACGACUAUUUACCUAGUAUCUUGAGCGGGAAUAGACAGUCUGGUCCGGGCAAGAUAAAGGUCGGCGCGGGCCGGAAUAUUAACUCGAGGAAGAGGUUUUAGAUCACGAGCAUAUAGACAAUGAGAAGAAAAAAAAAAGUUCAAGAUA